AUGCUGCAACAUCUGAUUAAUAAAAGUUUGAUUAUUGUACAACUAUCAAAGAUAGCAGUGGUUAUGUUUGUGGUUGGGCCUCAGGAACAAAGUGUGCAUCUAGAACUUGUGAUUAAUUCUUGAGCACAACAUUUACUACUUCAAUGACAUGUGUUACAUAUUUAUAAAAGAAUGUUUCAAGUGCAGCAGCUGAUACAUGUAAAUUUGCAGGGACAUUCUGUUAUUUACCAAAUAAGACAGAUUGUACCUAUGCAUUCCAAACUGAAAUUACUACAGAUGCUUAAAAAUUAACACAAUCUUAGAAAUAUGUGAAUACAUCUGGAGUGUUUUGCUCAUUUAAGACAGGUGAUGCAACUUGUACUUUAUAAAGUACUUGUAAAAAGUAGUUUCUUAAACAUCUGAUUAAGCUUGUAAUGAUGUUUUAGGUUACGAUCUCGGAAUAUGCUAAAAAGUGAGUAACACAGGUUGCUUAUCAACUGUUGCUGCUUGCGGAAGUUAUAACUUAGAUUCAACACUAACUGAUGCUAAUAAAAAGACUGCUUGUGAAUCUUUGAAACUUGUUAAUGAUGAAGCUAAAUUCGGUUUAGGAGCUGCAACAUAUACAGGAUUUACAUGGUCAACUGGUAAUACAUGCACAGCAUUCAAUUGUGCUACUAUUGCCUCAGCUACAAGUUAAAAAGAUUGUGACAGCAAAAUAGCAGUAUGUUAUUAUUAUUCUGGAAAAUGUUAUGCAGCAGUUGCAGCUGGCUCUUGUCCAACAGUUUUCCCAACUGAUGCAGACACAGAUAAUAAGAAGGCACUUUAUUUUAAGUCAGUGUAUGAAACUGGUAAAGGAUAUUGCGAAAUAAAAAAAGAUGGCACAGCUUGCUAAACUGGAGCAAAUGCUGAUUGUGCUCUAACUUUAGCUACUGUUUGGACGAAAGCCACCUUUGAUGGAGUUGCCCCAACAACUGAUGCCUUUUGCAUUACAUAAUCCACUAAGGAUAGAUCUGUUUAUUGUAUCAAAAAGGAUACAACCGAUUGUUAAGCAGGAGCUUGUCAAAACAUUACAGCAACUAGUUAAAAUGAUUGUGAUCUACAUUUAAUUGGAUGUGUAUUCUCAGCUGGUAAAUGUAGAACACCAAAAGGUGUUGUUACUACUGGAACAGACUGUGCUGAUACAGCAGCUAAGCUUCCUUUCAUUGAUGCCACAGGUUUGGCAGCUAGCGCCAAAACUGCAUAUUGCUAAGUCUUUUCAAAAGAUGGAGCAAGUGUAUUCUGCACAUACGAUGAAUUUAAUGAAACAACUUAAACAGCUUGUGUAGCUGCAGGAGGCUGUGAUUCAUAUACAACAUUACCCGUUGGUGAUGCAGCUAGAUUAACUUAUUGUUUGAGUAAAAUAAAUGGCGCUGGUAAGAAAUGUGGAUUUACAGCUGGAGCCGCUAAAUGCAGAGAUUUUGAUUGUUAAGACAUUGCAAGUCCAAAAUCUUAAGUUGAUUGUGACCUCUAAGCAAAUGCAUUAAAAUGUGUUAUUUUAAAGGAACUUGUGUAAAUGAUGCCACCUGUGCAAAUGUUCCCGCCGUUGGAACCUCAGCAGAUGAUAAAAGAUCAUACUGUUCAAAUGCAGCAGUUUCUGAAACUUGUACUUAUGCAGUUGGUGCUAACUGUGUGAAGUAAGAUACAUGCGAUAAAUAUGAUGUGACAGAUGCAACAGAUAAAGCAGCCACAUGCAAAGCUUUAUCUGACGGAACUAAUUCAUGCACAUAUAUUCAAGGUAAUAAGUGUGUCACAUUGGAUGUUUGUAGUAAAUACGAUGGAACAACUACAGCAGCACUUGGACCAGCAGCUGGCUCAGAAGAUGCAUAAUGUAAAGCCGUUAAAUCAAAAACCAAUUACCCAUGCAUGAAAGAUAUUGCUUAGUAAUGCAAAGCCUAAGUUUGCACAGAUAAUGACGCCAGUGCUACAGAUUGUGUAAAUAAUGCUCCAGAUUGUAUCUAUUAUUCAAGUAAAUGCAUUGCCAAAGAUACUUGUUCAAAUUAUACAGCAUAAGGCGCUGAUGAUGCAGCCAAAUAAACUUGGUGUGAAGGAGUUGCAAAUUCAUCAGGAGAUUUAUGUGCUUGGGAUUCUGCAAAUAAAAAAUGUAAAGACAGAGUAUGCAGUGAUAAAUCAUUCUAUACAGACUUUGAUUGUUAAAGUUACCUCAAAUCUUGCAAGACAAAUGGUUAAGCAUGCGCUGCUAUACAACAGAAAAAGAUAGGUAAACCAUUAGCGCCAGCUACUCCAACAGCUGCAGGAGCAUGUGCAAAUAAGCAAUACUAUGACAAUGUUACAGCAACAUCUGAUUCUGAAUGUGAUUCUUAUUUGNGCAAAUGCUGAUUGCGUUCUCACAUUAUCUUCUGCUUGGACCAAAGCUACCUUUGAUGGAGCUACUCCAACAACUGAUGCAUUUUGCAUUACCCAAUCUAUUAAAGACAAAACUAAAUAUUGUAUCAAAGAUGACGCAGCCAAGUGUAAAGCAGGAACUUGUGAAAACAUUACAGCAACUAGUUAAAAUGAUUGUGAUCUACAUUUAACUGGAUGUGUAUUCUCAGCUGGUAAAUGUAGAACACCAAAAGGUGGUAUUUCUGUUGUUGGAGACUGUGCUGACACAUCUAAACUUCCUUUUACAGAUGCCACAGGUUUGGCAGGUAGCGCUAAAACUGCAUAUUGCUAAAUCUUUUCAAAAGAUGGAGCAACUGUAUUCUGCACAUACGAUGAAUUUCAUGCGACAACUUAAACAGCUUGUGUAGCUGCAGGAAACUGUGACUCAUAUACAACAUUACCCGCCGGUGAUGCAGCUAGAUAAACCUAUUGCUUGAGUAAAAUAAAUUCCACUGGUAAAAAAUGUGGAUUUACAGCUGGAGCCGCUAAAUGCAGAGAUUUUGAUUGUUAAGAUAUUGCAAGUCCAACAUCUUAAGUUGAUUGUGACCUCUAAGCAAAUUCAUUAAAAUGUGUUUAUUAUAAAGGAACUUGUGUAAAUGAUGAUAAUACUUGUGAUAAAGUUCCAGCCGUUGGAACCUCAGCAGAUGAUAAAAGAUCAUACUGUGCGGGUACAUCACUUGCAGAUACAUGUACUUAUGCCGUUGGUACUUACUGUGUAAAGUAAGAUACAUGCGAUACAUAUGAUGUGACAGAUGCAACAGAUAAAGCAGCUGCUUGUGGAGCUUUAUCUGACGGAACUAAUAAAUGCACAUUUAUUCAAGGUACUAAGUGUGUCACAGUGGAUAUUUGUAGUAAAUACGAUGGAACAACUACAGCAGCUCUUGGACCCGCAUCUGGUUCAGAAGAAGCAUAAUGUAAAGCCGUUAAAUCAAAAACCAAUUACCCAUGCAUGAAAGAUGCUGAUAAGAAAUGCAAAGCAUAAGCUUGUACCGAUAAUGACGCCAGUGCUACAGAUUGUGCUAAUAAUGCUCCAGAUUGUAUUUAUUAUUCAAGUAAAUGCAUUUCCAAAGAUACUUGUGCAAAUUAUACAGCAUAAGGUAGUGAUGAUGCAGCCAAAUAAACUUGGUGUGAAGGAGUUGCAAAUUCAUCAGGAGAUUUAUGUGCUUGGGAUUCUACAAAUAAAAAGUGUAAAGAUAGAGUAUGCGGUGAUAAAUAAUUCUAUACAGACUUUGAUUGUUCAAGUUACCUCAAAUCUUGCAAGACAAAUGGUUAAACAUGCGUUACUUCAACUACUCAAUGCAAUUCACUUAAUGGAUCCACAGAAUUUUGCAAUCUCUUAUUAGAUACAACAGGAAAAGAUAGAUGUAAACCACUAGCACCAGCUUCUCCAACAGCUGCAGGAGCAUGCACAAAUAAACAAUGCUAUGACAAUGUUACAGCAACAUCUGAUUCUGAAUGUGAUUCUUAUUUGAGUGGAUGUGUCACACGUGGAACAGGAUGCAUUCCAAAUACAGAACAAUGCACAUCCUACAGAGGAACUAAAUUGUAAUGUGAAUAAUUCAAAAGAUACACUGGAUUGGAUGCUAAUAAAAAUCCAACUUAUGAAUAUUGUUCUGGUGAUGCUUCUAAUACUGCCACUGGAAAAUGUAAAGUAAGAACUUGUGCUGAUAAUACUACAGCAACAUCAGAUACUGAUUGUGCUGCUUAUUUGAAAGGAUGUAUUACAAAGGGUACUGGAUGUAUUGAUGCAACAUCAUCUUGCAGUGGAUUUAAAGGAGAUUAGGCCACUUGUGCUAAAUUCAUGGCAAGCUCAGGAAAAGAUUAUUGUUGGAACACUUCAACUGCACUAGUAACAGCUGCUUGCGCAAAGAAGAAGUGCAGUGAUAUUGCUGGUAAAAACAAUAAGGAUUGUAAUGAUGGUAUGCCACCAUUCAAGGCAACAGAUGAUCCUUUCUGUGUCUAUGAUGGAACUGGUUGUAUUGAUUAUGGAAAGAAUUGCAGUACCUUCAAUGGAACUGAAGAAACAUGCCCAACAUAUUUGGCUAAAGAUGGACCAUGCAAAGCUACUACAGUUGGAACAAUCAAAGGAGCAUGUGCUAAGAGAGUAUGCACAGAAGCACCAAAUACACUUGCAACAGAUGCUGAUUGUUAGAAAUAUCAUAAGGAUUGUGUAACAACUGGUUAUGGAUGCACAGCCACUAAGAACUGCAGUAAUUUGACAUCAUAAGCCGCUUGUAAAUUAAGAGCAGAAUGCACAUGGGCUAAUUAAUGUACAGCUUCUAUUACUACACACUUACAGUAACACCAGUUACUCAUAAUGUACCAAUUCUAAAGUCAAUGGUAAAUUCUGUGCUUAGACAGAAUCCAACUCAACAUGCAGAGCUUAAACUUGUGAAGAUUAACCUGCAACAAUUGCUUCUCAUGCUCAAUGUUAAAGCUUUGCUGAUACAUGUACUACAUCUGGAGCUGGUUGUUUGACCAUUACUACAUGUGCAUCAUACAAGACUCAAUCAAUCUGUAUUGCUGCCUCAACAACUAAAGAUGGAGUAGGAGGAUCUGGUUGGGAUACUGAGUAGGAGGAUCUGGUUGGGAUACUGCAACAAAUAAAUGCAGAGCUAGAGUUUGUAGUGAUAAGAACGGUUUAACUGACGAUGAAUGUAACACCUUCCUCGCUGGUUGCAAGACCAAUGGAUAAAGUUAUGUUGCUGGAGCCUCAUGUACUGAAUUUUCUAAUAAAUAAUUCUGUAUUAAAUCCAACUAUGGACCAUGCCUUUGGGUUAAUGGAUCAUGCUAUGAUUAUGACAGAUGUGAAGAUGCUAUCAAGAAGACACAUUCUGAAUGCUAAGGAUUCUCACCAUUGUGCACAACAAAUGGAGACACAUGUAUUCCAAUUACAAAUUGUGCCAGCAUAACAUUGAAGGCCUCAUGCGUCGUCGGAACUGAUGGAUCUUGUGGAUGGUUACCAACUGGAAAAUGCUAGAAGUUCGGAUAAUGUACAGAUGCCGUUGCUGCCACCAAUGAUGAAUGUCUCUCAUAUGGGCCAACAUGUUUUCCUGAUGAAGCAGCUUGUAUUGCUAAAGCAGCUUGUGCUACCUACAAGACAUAAACAGCAUGUAAUAACCUUGGAACUGAUGGUAUCUGA